AUGAAUACCGAAGAGUUUCGCGUGCACGGCAAACAGAUGAUUGACUACAUCUGCGACUAUGGGAAAACGAUCGAAAGCCGGGACGUGGCCCCGACCGUGGAUCCCGGAUUCCUGCGCCAGAUGUUGCCAGAUGAAGCACCGCAGAAGGGCGAAGACUUUAAGCGGAUGCUCGAGGACGUCGAGGGCAAGAUCAUGCCGAAUAUGGUGCACUGGAACCAUCCGCGGUUCUUCGCGUACUUCCCGUCUGGCAACUCGUACCCGUCGAUCCUCGGAGAGAUGCUGAGCAGUGCGAUCGGGUCGAUCGGUUUCUCAUGGGCUUCCUCACCGGCUGCUACCGAACUGGAGGGAAUCGUAAUGGAUUGGUACGCGAAGGCGCUGGAUUUGCCGACGUUCUUCCGGAGUGAUUCGCCGGGGUCACGCGGUGGAGGGGUUUUGCAGGGAUCGGCCUCAGAGUGUGCGCUGGUGUGCAUGAUGGCCGCACGGUACCGGACAAUCCAGAAGCUCCGUGGUUCGGAUAUUUCCGUGCACGAGAGUGUCUAUUUGCCACAGUUGGUGGCGUACGCUUCAAAGGAGGCGCAUUCAUCGAUUGAAAAGGCAGCCAAAAUGGCAAUUGUCAAGUUGAGGGUGCUGGAGACCGAUUCUCGGGGGGUGUUCCGAGGGAAUACCUUGCAAGAGGCUAUUGAAAAGGACUUGCAGGCUGGAUUGACACCGUUCUUCGUGGUGGCCACGGUUGGUACGACAUCGGCAUGCGUCUUCGAUAACCUUGUUGAAAUUGGACAAGUUUGCAAAUCGGUUCCGAGCAUCUGGUUCCACGUGGACGGAGCAUACGCAGGUAACUCCUUCAUUCUUCCCGAGAUGCGACACUUCAAAGAAGGUUUGGAAUAUGCCGACUCGUUCAAUACGAAUCCAAACAAGCUGCUUCUCACAAACUUCGACUGUUCGGCCAUGUGGGUUAAGGACACGAAACUGCUAACCUCAGCGCUGGCCGUCGACCCGCUGUACCUGCAGCACGAUCACAACGGAGCCGUUGACUACCGCCACUACAGCAUACCGCUGAGCCGCCGCUUCCGGGCACUCAAGCUUUGGUUCGUGUUCCGGUCGUACGGAAUCGCCGGCCUGCAGAAGUACAUCCGUAAUCACAUUACAUUAGCGAAGCAAUUCGAGGGACUCGUCAACAAGGAUGACCGCUUCGAGGUUCGCAACGACGUCAACUUGGGACUCGUCUGCUUCCGGCUUAAACACAACGACUACAUCAACCGGGACCUGCUCGCUCGCAUCAACAGCUCGGGCCGGUUCCACAUGACCCCGGCCAAAGUGGGCGGCAAGUACAUCAUCCGGUUCUGCGUAACGUACGAGCAUGCCACCGCCGAACACAUUGACUACGCCUGGGAGGAAAUCAAAAACUUUGCCGAAGAAACGCUCGCCGCCGAGGGACCGGCUGACGCCGACGUGGUCGUCAAGGUACCCAUCAUCGCCAAGAAGCCCCCGAAGAAGCUCACCCGCAGCAUGUCCACCCGGUUCUCGUUCACGCGUAGCGUGUCCCGCGAGAUCUACGAACGGCAAAACAGCCGGUCCCAACUCACGGACGGUGCCACCCCGGUGGUCAUCAUGGACACCGACGAGAUUCUGCAAAGUUUGCAGCGGGCGACGGUGUCAGCCCGGCUAAACGGUGGCAUCCAGAAGCAGCACGAGCUGUACGAAACGGACAGCACGGACGAGGCCAGCAACUGACUAGCUACGGCACGCUUCUUUCGCCGGAGUUUGCGGCGCCGCCACCAACAGUGCAAGUCCAAGAGCUGCUCUAGUAUUAGACAAAUGUGAUUUUUAUAAAACGUGCCUAGACUUUACUUCUCAGUGCUUUUGUACUUUAUUUAUUAUGCUAUGCCAUUGAAAUAUAUUUUAUUCGCCAAAUCAUCAAGUAUUAUUAGAUAAUAAGGGACAUUGCAUAGAUGUAUUUUA